AUGGCUCUUGUCCAAUACUCGGACUCUGAGACAGAAACAGAACAGGACGAGCCAUCUACGAGGGUUCCAGCCAAGAAGAAAAUCCGUCGAGAGGAGGAUACGUCGAAGACUGUCGAUCGCGACGCCUCUCUUCCUCCGCUGCCGUCGACUUUCCACGACCUUUAUGCCUCGAGCACUCGCGUGAGUGUGCGCGACGAUCCCAGUCUCCAUGGGGGCCGAAAGCGUGUAAUUCCCCACGUCGAGGGGAACUGGCCCACCCACAUCUACCUCGAAUGGUAUCCGUCACGAACCGAGCUGAGCGUCCUGGACGGAAUUCUCUCCCAAUGCAAGGCAAACCUCGGUGACAGUGAACGGCAGAUCCAUAGUCUCCUGCAAAGUGACCUGGGGGUUCAACUGCCACUGCACAUUAGCCUGUCGCGGCCCGUCGUAUUGGUCACAGAACAGAAACAGCCCUUUUCGGAGCUCUUUUCACACGCGAUUGAGGAGUCUGAGGUUUGUCCGUUCGAAGUGGUGCCGGAUGGUUUGGAUUGGGUCUCGAACUACGAACGGACACGAUGGUUCUUGGUUGUCAGGGUCAAGAGGCCAGAAAACGAUGGGUUGAACCGCCUGCUGCGAAUAUCAAACCGCUCUUUAGCUGCAUUUGGUCAGCCACCCCUUUAUGAGGAGGCCGUGACAUCGUCACAGCCGGGUAGAAAGGAGAAAACCGGUACACGAGGCCAUAAGCAGGCCGAAAAGCCCUCUAGAACCUCCGAAAGCUCUGCUGUAGAUUACUCGCACUGCUUUCACAUAUCCAUUGCCUGGUGUUUACACGAACCGUCACCAGAAGACAAAAAGAGGGUCGCAGAUGUAGACCUCCGACCCCUCAAUACCCUGAAAGUUUCAUUUAGCAGCGUCAAGGCGAAGAUCGGAAACACAGUCCUAAACGUGGCUCUCCCUGGGCGAAAGGAUGAUCUCCUUGAGUUUCAGGCCAAACACUUCCCACAUGACGUGCCGUACCCAGUGCCACUUUACUCAUUCGCGCCUCCGGACGAAGAUCAUCUAGUGGAAGAAGACGAAGAUUCUGAUGGACUUGGAUACUAUGAGGAUGGUGUGAAGAGAACACUCACCGAUGAGCAGAUCAGGAUCUUUCGACAUAGCGAGAUUCACGCCCUUCUACGAGAGAGGCAACGGAAACGGGAACGCAACGGCGAAGAAAAUCCCAAGCCUCCAGAACCUCACGACUCAGAUUCUUCACCCGCCGCUCCGGAGCCUCCGAUGUCAUCUGAUCAGAUUGAAAGAGGCAACUUAAUGAAGAGGAAGACAGGUUACGCAGAUGGCUCGACACGAAAGAGGACGAAGACCGGAGCAAAUGACGCGAAGAACGUCGAUGUAACUUAUGAAGAUAUGCAAUAUGACGAGGAGGAGACUCCCCAGAGGUCUGCACCACGUGUGGGCCCAUCGUCGUACCAUCCUAGUUUCUCUGGACGAAGGAUCAUUUCAUAUGACGACUAG